AUGGGCAAAUUUCAACGUUUGGUGCGCGAAAUCGCUCAAGAUUUUAAAACAGAUUUGCGUUUCCAAAGCUCUGCUGUUAUGGCGUUGCAGGAAGCUAGUGAAGCGUACUUAGUCGGCUUGUUUGAAGACACAAAUUUGUGCGCUAUUCAUGCUAAACGAGUUACAAUUAUGCCUAAAGACAUCCAAUUGGCUCGACGUAUUCGUGGAGAACGUGCUUAAAUUACGAUUUACGCAAGUUAGGCAACAUUGAAUGCAUUUUAUGAAACAAUCGGUCCUUUUCAG